GCAUCCUUCUGUCUUAGAACUUUCCAUGUUUCCAUAUCCAGAUUUCUUCACCAAGGCGGAUAAGAAAUUGGCAGAAGUCAUUGAUCAUCAUUGGCAAAGAGAUAUGGAGAUCCGAAAGCAAGAAGAAGCUGCGUGUGAGGCCCAAAGACAGAAAGAUGAGGAGAAAAAGGAGAAAGUCCACUUUCAAGAAAUUAUGAAGCAGAGGGAAAGGAAACUGAACAGAAAAACCAAGCCUUACGAACUCACUUCAUUAGAAAAGAAAAGUGACCCAGGAAAGGAAAGUGGACCCGUGGAAGCGAACAAGACAGCAAACCUAGCGAAGUGAGCUAUGUGGUAGGGACCCCUUCUUAGAGGUCCCUUGAGGCCAUUUUAAAAAAGGAGUUGUUACCAUG